AUGGCUGAUAUUCAAAUCUCACGCCAAGUUUAUGAUAAAUUCAAUUAUCAAGGAAAAUUGAAACUGUCUUGUUCCUAUCUUCAAGAAAUAUUCGAAAACCACGGUUACCCUGGUCAUGAAGGUGUUGUGCAGAUUGUGAAAGGAAAAACUGAUGUUGGAACGUUAAAUGGAUUCGAUUUUUGCUAUCGCCUUCGUAUCACUGACGGAAUUUUUAUGUAUAAUUCUAUUGUUUCAACGAAAUGCGAAGCCAAAGUGGAGAAGUACACAAAUUUUUUGGUCGAAGGAGCGAUCAUCGCCAUAUCCGAUCUCGAACUGAUGAAUGGCGAGAAUAAACCAACAUUGGUUAUACAUGACUUUGACCUACUCUCCUGCUACCACAAGCUGCUUCUUAAUCCCGACGGAACCAAACCAAAAACGCAUAACGGAAAACCAGAAGAGCAUAUGGGAUAUAGAUCAAGUGCAAUAAUUGCUGAUGAUUGGGCGGAAGCCGAAGAGUUUGCUCAUGAGCAAGAGAAUCGCGGUGUGCCGCCGCCGGCAAAAAUUCAAAAAACCGAGAAUGGAGCGGCUUCAGUUAAUAAAGCCAGAGCGCCACCACCGCAAAUGAAUCGCAAAGGAGCCAGUAAAACCGAAGGCGGUGUGAUGCCAAUUGCGGCAGUCACUCCUUAUGCGAGCAACUUCAAAAUUCAUGGAAUGGUUUCAAGAAAAGAAGAAAUGCGAACGUUGCCUGCCAAAAAUAUGAAGAUUUUCAAUUUCGAACUGACCGAUGUUCACGGUGAUUGCAUACGCGUAACAGCUUUUAACGAGGUUGCCGAAUCAAUGGCUAGUUUGAUUGUUGAAAACAUGUCUUAUUAUGUAUCCGGUGGUUCUGUUCGAGUUGCAAACAAACGAUUUAAUAGUACGGGACAUGAUUACGAGAUUACGCUUCGAUCGGACUCCAAGGUUGAACCAGGAGGCGAAAUUUUCUCGACGCCAAAAUUGAAUGUCAAACGUGUUGAGCUCAACAAAAUUCCGUCCCAAAUUGGAAAUAUGAUUGAUGUUCUUGUGGUUGUUGAGCGUAUGGAUGAAGAACCAACACAUUUCACAUCUCGUCAAGGAAAGGAACUCAUCAAACGAGAACUUGAUGUUGUCGAUGAGAGUGGAGUUCAAAUUCGUGUCACCAUGUGGGGCGAAGAAGCGACUAAUGUUAAUAAGGAUUUGGUGGGAAAAGUUGUUCUCUUCAAAGGUCUUAUUCCAAAAGAGUUCAAUGGAGCUUAUUCACUGAACACGACUUCGUCUACUAGGAUCCACAGCGUUCCGGACAUUCCAGGCGUUGCUGAACUUUUCGAGUGGUAUGAAAAUGAGCGUCCGAAGGUGGAUAUUCAGACGAUCAGUCAAAUGGCGCCUAGCAAUAGUGAAGCUCCUAGAACAAUCGCGGGAAUUAUUGAAAUGAGAUUUGGAAAUGAGUCGGAGAAGGGAGAUUAUGCCAGUUUGAAAGCAAUGAUCACUAGAGUCAAUCCUUCAAAUGCCAUCUAUAAAGGAUGCUCAAACGAAGGAUGCCAGAAGAAGGUAGUUGAAAGCGAUGGAGAAUAUCGCUGCGAGAAAUGCAAUUCAAGUAGUACGACAUUCAAAUGGCUCUACAUGAUACAAUUCGAGAUUGCCGACGCCACCGGACAAAUUUAUGUGACUGCGUUUGGUGAUACUGCCGCGAAAAUUGUUGGAAAAUCUGCGGCGGAGGUGGGAGCAAUUCGUGAGGUUGAUGAAAAUGAAUAUAAUGCGGUGUUCGAAAAGAUUCAAUUCCAACCGAAAAUGUGGAGAGUGAGAUGCAAAAUGGAAUCGUAUAAUGAGGAAGUUCGCCAACGUGUGACAGUUUUCUCCGUUGAAGACGUGAACAAAGACAAAUACAUUGCUCAUCUUACGGAUCUCGUUGAACAAUUGGAAGCGCUUUAA